AUUAUCAUAAAAAUAACUGUUUUUAAAAAAAUACAAUAAAGUCUAUAUGAAACUAAUAAACAAGAAUAUUUCUAAGGAAUCUUCUGGCUCUGUUGUUUUAUAUCCAGAAGAACCUGAGGAUAUGUGGCAUACCUAUAAUUUAAUACAAGAAGGAGACCGUGUUAAGUCAUCUACUGUUAGACGUAUACAAAAUGAAUCACCUACAGGAUCUGUAACAUCAGAAAGAGGAAAAUACAUAUAAUAUUAGUUAUUUAUAUAUAACUUUUCUUUAGUAAAAUUAACAUUAGAAUUGACUGUAAAAAAACUAGACUUUGAUUCUCAAGUAUCUGAAGUACAUAUAAAUGGUACAGUUUCAGAAGAAAAUAAAUAUAUUAGAAUGGGAUCAUAUCAUACAUUAGAUUUAAGACUUCAUAACAAUUUUAAAUUAACAAAACAAGAAUGGGAUAGUAUAGCUUUAGAAAGAUUAAAUGAAGCAUGUGAUCCUAAUAAAACUGCAAAAGUAGGCGCAGUUGUAUUACAAGAGGGAUUAGCAAACAUUUGUUUAAUUACAGAAUAUAUGACAAUCUUAAGGCAACGGGUUGAAGUUCAGAUACCUAGGAAACGCAAAGACAAUACAUCAGAUUAUCAGAAGGGUAUAAACAAAUUUUAUGAGACAGUAAUGCAAGCAAUGUUGCGAUCAUUUGAUUUUACAAAUUUAAAAGUAGUAUUAAUAGCAUCACCAGGAUUUAUAAGUGAAACAUUAAUAAAAUAUAUAUUUGAUGAAGCAGUUAAGGCCGAUAAUAAAGAACUUUUACAAUCACGUCCUAAAUUUCUUCGAAUACAUUGUUCUAGUGGACAUAUGCAUUCAUUAAAUGAAGUUUUAAAAUCACCAAAUAUAUUAGCAAAAUUAGCUGAUACAAAAUUUGUUCAAGAAACUGCUGCAUUAGAUAGAUUUUACAAAAUAUUACAUAAUGAUCAAGAAAAAGUUUGGUAUGGUACAAAAGAAGUAUCUUGGGCUAUAGAAUGUAAAGCUGUUGAAACUCUUUUAAUUUCAGAUAUGCUUUUUAGAAGUAAUGAUGUUAAUAAAAGACAAUAUUAUGUAAAAUUAGUAGAAACUGUCAAACAAUACGGUGGAAAAGUAUUAAUAUUUUCAAGUUUACAUGAAUCUGGCAUUCAACUUAAUCAAUUAACAGGAAUCGCUGCAAUUCUAUCUUUUCCGAUAAAUAUGGACAAAAAUAUUGAUUAACUCGCUUAUUAACUUCUUUCAAUAUACCAAACAUAUUGUCCCC